UCUGGUAGAGAGGGCCUCAUAAAUAUUCUUUCUAGCUUCAUCUUCUUCCACCCUACUUCCACAAAACCAUCGCAGAGACAGAAAUUUAAAGAGAGCAAAAUGGCAUAUUCAGAAAUGGCAAAGGAGAACGGUUCGUCGAACUCAAAGCCAACGAGAGACACCAAGGGAAAGAUCAUCACUUGCAAAGCUGCGGUGGCUUAUGGUCCCGGAGAACCCUUCGUGGUGGAGGAAAUUCUUGUUCAUCCUCCUCAGAAAUUUGAGGUUCGAGUCAAAAUUCUUUACACUUCCAUUUGCCACACCGAUCUCAGCGCAUGGCGAGGCGAGAACGAGUCUCAGCGCGCCUACCCUCGUAUCUUAGGCCACGAAGCAUCCGGAAUUGUGGAGAGUGUGGGGGAAGGGGUGAGUGAGGUGGAGGAAGGGGACACAGUGGUGCCAAUAUUCAAUGGUGAGUGUGGAGAGUGUUGUUAUUGCAAGUGUGAGAAGAGCAACAUGUGUGAGAGGUAUGGGGUGAACCCCAUGAAGAAGGUGAUGGAAGGAGAUGGCAGAAGCAGAUUCUCAACAGUUGAUGGAAAACCCAUCUUCCAUUUCUUGAACACUUCCACAUUCUCCGAGUACACGGUGGUGGAUUCCGCCUGCGUCGUCAAGUUUCGUCACUCCGAUCACACUCUCACCACCAAAAACCUCACCUUGCUCAGCUGUGGCGUCUCCACAGGUGUUGGAGCUGCUUGGAAUUGUGCCAAUGUGCAUUCUGGUUCAUCAGUGGCUGUUUUUGGUCUUGGAGCUGUUGGGUUAGCUGUUGCAGAAGGCGCACGAGCCAGAGGUGCUUCCAGAAUAAUAGGUGUCGACAUCAACCCUGAUAAAUUCAUCAUAGCCAAAGCAAUGGGAGUCACUGAUUUCAUAAACCCAAAGGAUGAAGAGAAGCCAUUAUACGAGAGAAUAAGAAAAAUGACUGAUGGAGGUGUAGACUACAGUUUUGAAUGUACUGGAAACGUGGAUGUUCUAAGGGGUGCAUUUUUGUCUGCUCAUGCGGGUUGGGGAUUGACUGUGAUAUUGGGAAUUCAUGCAUCACCAAGCUUGCUUCCUAUCCACCCGAUGGAGCUCUUUGAUGGCCGCAGUAUCAUUGGAUCAGUAUUUGGAGGUUUCAAAGGGAAAAGUCAGUUGCCUCAUUUUGCCACACAAUGUGGAAAUGGAGUUAUGAAGUUGGAUAAUUUCAUCACUCACGAGCUACCCAUUGAGGAGAUAGACAAAGCCUUCGAUCUUUUGAUCACAGGGAAAUCACUGAGAUGUCUUCUGCAUUUCUAAGCAAAGAUGCCCUUUAGCAAUGGCUGUGAGAAUUAUUAUGCAUCUGAAUUUGUUCAAUAGGAGCAUAUUUAACUAUACAAAUGUGUAAGGUCUUAGGCCUUUGAGCAGUGUACUAAAGACAAUAAAGAGAAUAAAUGUACGUGUACUCAGCUUUCGUUUCCCUUCCAUUA